AUGAUCACUGUUGGGCACCCGGUGGCCUUUGCUGUGGGGAUCCUAGGAAACAUCCUGUCAUUCCUGGUCAUCCUUGCACCAGUGCCGACGUUCUACCGCGUGUACGCGAAGAAGUCGACGGAGUCGUUCCAGUCGGUGCCGUACGUGGUGGCGCUGCUGAGCGCGACGCUGUGGCUCUACUACGCGCUGCUGAGCACGGACCUCCUCCUCCUCUCCAUCAACACCGUCGCCUGCGUCGCCGAGUCCGUCUACCUCGCCGUCUACCUCGCCUACGCGCCCGGGCCCGCGAAGGCGUUCACGCUCAAGCUGCUGUGCGCCAUCAACAUGGGGCUCUUCGGCGCCAUGGUCGCCUUCCUGCAGUUCUACGUCGUCGACACGCAGCGCCGCGUCUCCAUCGCCGGCGGCGUCGGCGCCGCCUUCGCGCUCGCCGUCUUCGUCGCUCCUCUCGCCAUCAUCCGGCGAGUGAUGAGAACCAAGAGCGUGGAGUUCAUGCCCUUCUGGCUGUCCUUCUUCCUCACCGUCAGCGCCGUUGUCUGGUUCUUCUACGGCCUCCUCAUCAAAGAUUUCUUCGUCGCGAUGCCGAACGUGCUGGGCCUGCUGUUCGGCCUGGCCCAGAUGGUUCUCUUCUUCGUGUACCGGAACCGGAACCCCAAGAAGAACGGCGCCGUGUCGGAGAUGCAGCAGGCGGCGGUGCAGGCCGACGCCGAGAAGGAGCGGCGGUCCCACGCCAACGCCGACGGGGAGGCCGACGUGAGAACCGUCAUCGUCGACAUCAUGCCGCCGCCUCCCGCGAUGAUGGUGAUGAUGACGGCCGCACAUCAGACGCCGCCGGCCGUGGAGGUGGUCUGAUCCAUGCAUCGGGCACAGAUGGACAUAGCUACG